UGGGCUUAUAUUGCUAACUUUCCAGAGAUUAAAAAUACCAGAAACCAAUAGGUUUUGGUCAAUGGUGGUGGCCUUCCCUUCUAGAACAAGAACAAACCAGAUAGCUAGAAGGAGAACAGCCUUUCUCAAUUUUCCACUCCCUCUUCCUUCCUUCAACAGCGGCUGCUGCUUUUUCCCUUCUAAAUAAAGCCGCCGUUCACUCUUGAUUGACUUUUCUUCCGUAUCAAUUUUGGGAUUUCUUCUCAGUUUUCCUCCUUAAUUUAUUCUCUUGGGACUGUUUCCUUUGAGUUCCUGAGAGAAAAUUUUCAAGAGGGUUUAGCAGGGACAGAUCAGAAUAAUCAAUAAUGCCUCCUUUGGCAGGAGAACACCUUCAUCUCUCUUUUGGGUUUGUUCCUAAGAAAUCAGAGUCCAGUAUUGUUACCCUUGACAUCGGUGGACAGCUCUUUCAAACCACCAGACAAACCCUUGGCCAAGCUGGUUCUAAAUCCCUCCUUUCCAUGAUUUCUGAUCCUUCUGCCGUUCCAUCAGGUGUUAAAUUCAUAGACAGAGAUCCUGAGAUCUUUUCCGUCUUCCUAUCCCUUCUCAGAACAGGUAAUCUUCCAUCGAAGGCUAAGGAUUUUGAUCUUCAGGAUUUGGUCUUCGAAGCCCAAUUCUACGGUAUCGAGAAUCUCCUCAUCUCGUCUCUCUCGAACCCAUCUCAGUUUGAGGCAUUCAAUCUCGAAAAGUCGCUGAUUUUGCCCCUUGGUGGUAGGGAUCCUCCCUCUGCCAUAUCCACCACCACAUAUGGGUCGGUUCACGUCGCACAUGGCAGCAAGAUUACUUCUUUUGAUUGGUCGUUGCGGCGAAAAUCUACCAUUCUUACCCGCUUCAAUGCCGUCGAUUCAAUCCUCGCCCUAUCGCCUUCGGUCGCAGCAGCCGGCGCCACCGACAUCUCUGGCCUCCAGAUUCUCGACCUUGACAAGGGUUUUGUGCGAGAAACCUUAAAUUGGGAGAAUCCAACCAAAUCCAGCUCCACCGUCCAGGCGAUUGGUUCUUCCCCCGAGUUCCUCUUCACCAGUUUUGAAUCUGGGCGUCGGAAUUCGAAUUCAAUUAUGGUUUUUGAUCUCCAGGGGAGCUUCCGUCCUGUUUCGGAGGUUGGCCACUCUGAGAUUUAUGGCGCCGAACUCGACUCCGGCAUCCCGGCCACCAAACUGAAAUGGGUUUCGGGUUACAAUCUGCUCAUGGCAUCUGGGUCUCAUUCUGGACCUUCGGGGGUGAUUGGCAACAUCAGGUUAUGGGAUAUCCGGUCUGGUAACGUUGCUUGGGAAGUGAAGGAAAAAGAGGACUGCUUUUCUGAUGUCACGGUCGCGGAUAAUCUCUCUGCAAUUUUCAAGGUCGGAGUGAACUCGGGCGAUGUGUUCUUCGCGGAUAUGAGGAAGCUUAAUGUUGACAAUCCAUGGGUUUGUCUUGACCCUCAUGGGGAAGGAAGAAUGGGGACUAAAGGGAGGAAAGAAGGUGCCGGGUGUAAGAUUGAAAGCCAUGGAAAUCAGGUGUUUUGCAGCAGAGGAGGAGAUAUGGAGUUGUGGUCUGAGGUUUUAAUUGGAACAAGAAGCAGUGAAGAUGGACCAGACGAAAGGGUGUUCAGGAGGAAUUGGAUGGGGAGGACCAAAGACAUGGGCGGUUGCAGAAUAACCAACUUGGCUUUUGGAGGUAACAAAAUGAUUGUUACAAGAAAGGAUCAGCAAUCUGUCGAGGUAUGGCAGAGUAACCUAAGAGGGUUCUGAAUUCUGAUCUUGGGAGUAUCAAUCAAAGUAAAAACUGUUUAUGUACAUGCCAUACUUAUAUGGUUUAGUUGAUAGGAGUUCACAAGUUUCAUCCCAAACAGGGAAGAAAGAUCCAUUAUUUUUCUUUACAAAUUUUGCUCAUUUUUUUAUUCUUUGUGAUUUUGUGUGGAUUGGUGAUGAUCAAUGACAAGUGGGUAAUUAGCCAGGAAUUGAUUUUUCUUUUUCUGGUUUUUGAAAUGGUAAUAUGACGCUCCUCGCAGACCCUGCAGUGGCAGGAGCCUCGUGUACUAGGAUGCUUUUUUGCCUUGUGCAGUGGGAUGCUCUUUUUUGUGAUGGUCAUACUAGAAUUGAAAUGCGUUUUUUAACA